UAUUUGAGCCAUGGCAUUUAGUUUGACUUGAAAUCGAAACCCAUUAACAUCAAUUGAAAAGAGCCUAGUGAAUAACGAGUGACUAAAAAUCAUGUUUGAAGAUAAGAAAUCAAAAUUCUUGGUGAUUUUUGUAAUAUGCUUGUCAUACAGUUCUUUUGUGAUUUGUGAUGACUUAAGUUCCAUUGGAAUUCAAUCAAGACAACAAGGAAGCCAGCAGCAAACGAUACAGAGGCCAAUUGAUGCCGUUAAUACAUCCGGUAAUGUAAAUGCAAAAGUGAAUACGACUAAGCCACAAACUACAGCCAGUGGCAAUAUUGUUGUUGAACUUCAAACACCAGCGCCAACACCAUCGAAUAUUAUUUCGAUUAUAAAUGUCAAGCCAUCGGGGACAGCAACAAUUCGGCCCAUUCAAACCACUCAACGGCCAAAUAUUAAUGUCAACGUUUCAACUUCGAGAACUACAGCACGACCCAUUCAAACCACCCAACGGCCAAAUAUAAAUGUCAACGUUUCAACAUCGAGAACUACGGCACGACCCAUCCAAACUACUCAACGGCCAAAUAUAAAUGUCACGGUUUCAACUUCUGGAACUACAGCCCGACAAAUAACCGCACAAACAACUGGUCCCAGCUCAUGCCCACUUGUGAAUAUCAUGGGCAUAAAAACUGGUUUAUUAGCAGUAGCGAAUGAUCCUUGUUCAUAUGUUUCUUGCAUCCGUACCGGAAACACGCUUUAUUGCGCACAUCUGAAGUGUGAUCCUGGUCAAGCGUUUGCGCCUACACUUUCGCAAUGUCUUCCAUCUCUUUUGUGUCCUAAAUAAACGUGAUUGUUGUGUCCGCAUAAAAUCGAAUGUGAAAAACCAUGAGAAACCAUUUUAGCAUUAAGAUAUUUAAAUUGUACAUGUUUAUUGUUUACAUAGGCUCCAAUCUCUUUCAAGUGAACUGAUUAAAUUAUAUUUUAUUUGCACCAUGAAA